GAGUACAAGCAGCGGGAGCAGCAACACCAGUAGUCGUGCUUCCAGUCACCCUCCUAUUAGCGAAGGACGUGUACAGUCGCCUCAAGGCGGCUUAGCCCAUCGCGGCUCGUCCCACCAUGGAUCUUCUCAGGGAGGAGGGAGGAGGGAGUCGAGGCCCGACUAAUGGAAACAGGAGUAAGUCGGCAUCGUACACGGGGAAGUUGGGACCUCCGGGAGCAACGACCUCGGGAGCGCGACCUCAAGACGCUUAUCAGCCCGGGUUUGUCGACCCGCUCCCAAGGGACAACCCAACGUUUGAGCCGGGGCCAGGGAUGGGGACGGUGACUGGUGGGAUGAGAAGCCAAGGUGUAGUAGGAUGGAGGAUGCAGGAUACACCAAUGGACGAAAGUCACCCGAAGCAGUCUGGAGGUGAAAGGAAGUUGGUAGAAGGCGAAUCCAGCGGGGCUAAAAACGGUCAAGUAGGUGGAAGCAAAUUCAAGAUUAAGGCGACGGAAGGGGCAGAGCCUUCCUCAAACAGUAGAGCGAGUGCAGGGGGAGAUCUCACUCCCACAAAGCUUCGAAGGCGGUUAAGUGAGGACAUGAAGGAACUGAGAAUUCGGGAAGAAGAGUUGGAAGGCGAACCAUCGUUUCCGUCGGUGGAGGCGACAGGAGGUCUUUCGAAGAACGUGCCGGAAAGGACCUCGGCACGAAAUCAAGGCGUCAUGAAACGUAACAGGAGACAAGUCACGGGCAUAGACAAGGAAUGGGAAAAACAUCACGGGAGAUGUGCUCUUACGUUGAGAUUUACUUCUGCGACAUUCUAUCAUCGUGAAGGAACUGCACUGAGCUGGACACAGGCCAGGAGCACCUUACAGACCUCUGGGAUCUGGUCGGCGUCAGGCUACCAACAUCGGUUAGAGGUCGUUAUGUGUAACAUUAGACAUCGGCCAAAGAUCCGUGGGAUGGUCCUGGGUAAGGGAGAAUGCAAGUCGCUGAAGGAAUUGCGGAAUGCUCUUGAUUGUUGCGUGUGCGACGCGGGCUGGGUGGACAAGAUGGUGAGGAGUGACCAGUUAUCGGCAAUGCACGAGCCAGUGGUGGAGCUGCUCUGUUUGGUGGAUGGGCAAGGAGCAACCAUCUCGAAGGUUUACUUCAAGAUGGAUUGGGUUGUGCAGGACCUCUGUGCCCUUGAGUGUUUGUCAGAGGAAGAACACGAGGCGGUGGAGCGCAUCCUCAUGCGGCGCUGGGCAUUUUUGACAAGCGAGCUGCAUUGCGUUGCAGGCUUUCUGGAUCCUGAGCAUCGGAUGCACAAUGGAGAUCGUGACCCGGAGGUCCGUGCGGGGUUCAACAUCUGGUUGUACUCCUGGAUGCCUCGACAUCGGCUCCACGUGGUCAGCUCCCAGGUCGACCAAUGGGUCAAUGCUUUGGGAGGGUUCUCGACGGAGCAGGCUUGCGAACAAGCCAACCACCAACUGCCAACUUUGUGGUGGGAGGCGUUCGGCUCGAAGCACGACUUCCUCGUACCACAAGCGAUCAAAUUGCUUGGCCAGACAAACUCCUCUGCCGCCUGCGAGCGGAAUUGGAGCUUGCAUGAGCUAAUCUAUGGAAGGAGGCGGACGAAGUUGUUGCCAGAGAGGAUGGCGAAACUCCGCGGCGAGGGGGAUGACACCCACAUCCCAUGGGCGAACGACGUGUCGGUGGACAAGGAGAUGGAGGAGUGGUGUGUGCGGUGGUUGGAGCGGGUCAAUGAGGAUGUCGACCACGAGGAGGUUGCAGAGGUCGACUUCGAUGAUAACGGAGACGAAAUCCCGAUGCGGAGGACUUUCGUGCGCAAUGACGAAGUUGAUGACAGGCUGGUCGAGGAGGAGGAGACUGAACUUGUUGGUAUAAGGCAGCGCGACUGGCACGAGUGCACAAAGCCUGGGAAGCACCGCGAGCAAGAGUUGCGCAGGAGGUCUGGUUGCCAGCUGCCCGAGCCUGGAGAAUUGUACUCAGAGGCAGGCUAUGCUCUCACAAUGGAAGCACGACGCGCAGGCACGUGGGUGCAGGGCCGGGACGAGGCGCCAAGAAAGAGGAGAGGGAAAGCCAAGGGCAAACAAACGGUGGUGGAUGAUGAUCCGCCCGCGCAGAGUGGGAAGAGGAAGGUUAUUCAGCAAGAACAACCACCACCGAAGAGGGGCCGUCCAACUUUGGCAGAACAGGCGGCACUCAGGGCGCAGGUGGCUGAAGACAAGGCUGUUGUUGCAGUUGCUGCAGCAAAAGUUGCUGCUGACAAAGCCGCAAAGGCCAAAGCCAUAGCGGCAGUGAAAGCUGCCACAAAGAGCGCAGGUGGAGGGAAGGCCAAAAAGUCUGUCGUUGUAAGUGACGACGACGACUUGGAUGUCCUGAAAGAAAGUCCGGAAGAGGACGAGCCCGAAAGAUCGUCCAUGUCCAGCGACUCAAGUUCUUCAUCGGCGGCCUCAUCAUCUCAGUCCAGUGGGAGGGAAGGCACAAAUGGAGAAGGAAGUGAGGGAGGGGCCCAGUUCGAGGACGACGAGGAGGAAGAUCGAGCAGAGGCUGAGUAGAGGGAAGCCGUUCGAUCUAUGAGCUUAGGAACUUUAGGUAUUCGAUGCUCCAAGUGCA